UCUGGCGGCGCUUGGCCGAACUACGUGGUCUGGUCUGCUAGUCUGCUGCACAGCUGAUUUUGCUUUUGCUGCGCUGUUUGGGUUAGGCCUCGUUACCGCAGGCCAAAAAAUUCAAGAAAUUAGGCAUUAAAUUUCGCUAACAUGAGUGUGCCUAUGGAAGUGAUUACGCACACCCGCAGGGUGUGCAGUCUGUACAAAAAAUUGUGCAGAAACACUCAGGCCUGGUACCACGAAAGGCCGCUCUACCGCUAUCAUGUCACAAUGCUCAGAGCCGAGUUCGACAAGCACAAAGAUGAAAAGGACAUGGCCAAGGCUAUGAAAUGGGUGGAAAAGGCUGAAGCAAAGUUGAAAGCUGAGCAGCACUAUGCUCCUGUUAUUUUCCCUUACUCUCCUGGCGGAGUGGCCUAUCUAAGAAAUGUGCAUAUUCCGGACGUUGCAGUCGACUUCUGGGAUCCAGUUGAGAAGGCAUUCUACCCAGAAUACUUUGCCACUCGUGAGCAAAGAAAGAAAGAGUACAUUGACUUGUGGCAGAAAAAAUAUGGCAAGGUUGACCCAAAGGAUUAUGAAGUCCAUCACUAAUGUCUAUGUCAGUUCAUUUAUGUGGAAUAGCCUCUUUUUGGAGGCCUCAGAAUCCAUUUGUAGAUGAUUUGUGUAUAAAAACGUUGCUGAGUCAGGCUUAUGAUGAUGAUUUCGAAAUUUAUUCACUUGCAGUUUUUAAGGGUUGUAAAUAAAUAUGAACUUAUAAAUGUU